GAAAAGGGUUGGCAAAUUUUUUAGUGAUUCGUGUAAAAACUUUCCAUCUGCCCUUUUUUAACGCUCCUAAGUUUCAUUCGAGCUAGUAUUUGGCAACAUUACUUUGUAAGGAAUACUUUUCUUUUUUUCGAUUGCAUUUAGCGUUUCCAGGAUACUAGUGUGGUACUGAAGAGAGAGUCCUAUAGUUUUGGUUGUUGAGCGACUAAGAUAGUGAAAGUACUUAGAGUCCUAAGUUGGUCUACAAGUAUUUUCUUCGUCGUUCUUCAGGUCUUUCAAUACAAACAUGCCUUUUUUGAUCACUAAGGAAUUUUUUGUGGGGCAGAAGGAAAGUUUUUUGAAAGAGAGUAUCUCAUAUGUGGUUGCUUACUCAAAAACUAGGGAAAAAAUUUCCAUCAGACUUGGAACUUUAACAUAGGUCAACCUUUAUGCUAAAGUUUGGUUAAGGAUAAUGUGACAAGGUUCACAAAAUCACUCUACUGCAGCGGAGGUGGRAAAAAAAGGAUCUACGAAUAUGGCACUUUAUGAGAUUCACUGGAGAUCUAGAAUAUUUUAAUCGAGAAGAAUAAAUAGUCAUCUCAAGCGUUUUGGAGGCGUGUAUUCAUCGUUUGUAAAUAUGGACUUUAUCCCUAAUGAUCAAAUAAUACUUUCUCCUUAUGGGUUCCUGUCAGCUGAUGGGCUUCCUGCGUUCUGGGCCAAUCAGGAAUGAGUAGCUAUAGGGGGGUAAGGAGUAUUGAUGCAAGGGUGAAGGCAAUGGAUAUUUUUGCACGAGGAUUUGGUUGUACAAGAACUCUGUGGAUUCUUACGCCGCCAUAUUGAACGACGGGAAAGUGUUUAGAUUUUCGCUUGAGGGACUCUCUUCUUCGUUGGAAAUUGCCCCAAAAUAUUGUCAAACGUCUCUACACCUAUCCAUCUCAAGCUUUGAAGUUUCAUCUGGACGUUUUGGAACCUCUUUCGGGCUGAAAAUCGACUGAUAAAAAUUGGUUGUUUUGCAUAUAUCAAGCAUCCUGGUUGUUCUAAAGCGAGGGAUUAGAACACGUUCUGUCGAGACGUGGCGGUCACGUGUUUUUCAUCGCGAAAAAAAAUUGUUUCCUCCCCUCGAGUUUGUGAACUUCAUAAAUAGACAAUUUUGAGUUAAAGAAGACUUGUUAUAGAUUUACCUGGUGAAAUUUUCCACCGCUCAGUGCUUUGGAAAAUGCGUUCACAGUGGACGUAUUUUCAUCGCUCGUGUUCAUCGUGAAGGAGACUCUAGUCGAUGGCGCAAAUGGCUCCUGCUCUCACCGAGGCAAACGCGUCUCCCGGGUCGCCGAGAAAAAAUUCUGUGGAUCGGUACUGUUCGUCAACGAUACCAGAGAAUCUAAAACAAAACUCUAUUAGUAAAGGAGUUGAUUUAACGCUGCUCUCUCGAAACGGACUCGUUCGAUUGCUCGACGAUUCAGAUAGUAGUAAUAACAUUACGAAUACAACUGGAGAGCAGUCGUCGUGCUUGUCUUCCCCGCCCAAAAGUUCAAUACGCAACGAAGAAGAGUUCAAAAAAGAGGACAUGCCAAACGGACAUUGUGUUAGUUUUCAAGAAAACGUCGUUGACAUGACCAAAUCAGCAAAUAUUCAAAGCGACAGCCAAAAGCGAAAGCCCGCCAUUCCUAGUGAUCUUUCAAGACGAGCAUGUGCUUCAAGUACAGCUACUACGUUAACACCGGCGGGUGCUUGUAAUAUUGAACUGGAAGACGAGAAAAAUAGCCGUCUACAGAAACAUCCUGUAGCAAGUUUUAAUUCAUCUCUGGCGGCUAUUUCACAGAGAACUGCAAGAUCGGUUCAGCGACAAACUCGGUUAGAAAACCGUGCGAAAAAGCUCGAGAAACGCCUCCGGAGACUGCAAACGCGGCAAAUUGAAACCCAUGUGCAUCGCCAAUUGAACGGGAUCGUCGAUCAAAUAAACGGAAAAUCCGAGUCAUCGUUUGGUUCUUCGAAAGGAGAGGAAGAUUCCCUUCCUGGAGGAGGAGAUACGAAACCAAACCUGAAUACUGAGAAAGAAGGAAUAUUGUGUAGGAGUGCUUUACGAUCACAUGAAACUGACAAUGGCCCAAUUACUUAUCAAGCCAAAGAUCCAAGAAACGCUUCAUCGAACAGUAAUCCUACUGAAAAUCAGCUCGAAAAUGCGGUCAAAUAUUCUCCAGAAAGUGUUAACAAAGCAAUAAGGAAUGCCCUGAGUGGCGAAAGGCAAAAAUUCGAAACAGAAAGUCUAGUGGAUGGGUUAACUGCUUAUGUAGAGCAUUUGGAAACGAUGUAUGAUUCGGAUGCGACAGAGGCCAGCUCCGGAGACGAAAGCGAAGAAGAGGAAAAUCGACCAGAUUUGCUUCGAUCUAAUGUGUCAAAAUCAUUGAGAAAGGCCUAUCAAACAGAGUUGGGAGAAAUUUCUUCACGCUGGGCCUGGCUACAGUCACAAAUUAUCAAUCUUGAAAGACAGAUCCGAAAAUAUGAAGACRUGCACAAAAAUAUUCAAGUCUCUAAGCAGCCAGUGAAAUUGCAAGCUCCUGUCACAAUGGCUGACCUUGACAUAAAAUUGGCAACUACUGCAAAUGGCAUAUCAACAACAAAAAACAACUCAACAUUGUCAGAGUCUACAGAAUUAAAACUGAACAUUUUCAAAGAACCUCAAAACCACCUGAGAAAUGGAUUAAAGAAAACAUUACUGCAAAGUUCUGUGAUUGAGAAAAGUGACAUACCUUCCAAAAGGUUGCGCACGUCUGGUAUCAAAAAUGACAUAGCAGAUAACAAAAUCUCUGGAACGACUUCAGGAAAUGAUUUUGUUUCACAGUGUGCAAGAACUAGAGGGAUAAACCCUGUUCACAAUCGUACUCUGGUGCGUCUUUCUGCCAUAAAAGAAACUUGCAAAUACAGAGAGUCAUCUUGUCAGUGCUCAACACCAGAAACACCUUGCAUUUCCUGUACAAAAGUGGCCAAAACUAUUACUGUAGUCGAUCCAGCACUGCCUAUUGCAGAACGUGUCAAACUAUUGGACCAUUCAUAUCAUCCUGUCUUGUCAUUCUCUACAGAAAUACCAUUACAGUUUCAUUUUGCAUCCAUCCUGAAGAAAGGUGGCUUUGAAUCCAGAACCAAACCUCAGCCACCAAAGUCAUCCGCACAGAAUGAAAGAAAAAAACCAAUUCCCAAGCCAUCAAAUAGAAGAGCUCAACUGGCAAAAGGAGCUGCAGCUUCACUACUAUCAUCAGCAAAAUUCCGCAACCAGAAGUAUGACCAUAAGAGGGGCUUCGCUAGUCUCCCAAGCACACCUAAAAAUAACAUCAAGACUGAGUCAAAUCGCUCUUGCCAUACCGAGAUACCACGUAAGAAGAGAGCUGCUGCUAUUAGUGCUGCUGCACAACUACAGAAGCGAGCAAGAAGUUUAUCUCUGCCAACAACUGGGUCCUCAUCCUCUACGCCCACAUCUUCACCAAGUCCCACCCCUCUGUCUAACUCGAUGCCACCAUCAACACUCAAUCUUUUACUCCGAAAGAAAAGAACAAGUAAUGCAUUUGACAUCAAUAAUAUCGUUAUUCCAUACUCGAUGGCUUCUUCAACAAGGGUAGAAAAACUUCAAUACAAAGAAAUCCCAACUCCAAAUUGGCGUGUGUUAGAGGUUGCUGAGAGUACAUCAACUGGUGAACAGUCUGAAGAAAAGUCUGAAACAGAGGUCCUCGAUGACGAGCUUUACAUCGAAAGACACGAAAUAUGCGAAGAACACGAAAGGAAAAGAUUCUUGGGAUUUUUAACUAAGAAACGUAAACGGUCCCAACGACAAAGCAGCGAGCUUGGAAGUAUUGAAGACUCUCAGAAUACCCCUCCUGGUACCCCAGGAAUGAUGCCUUCACCCACUGGCGUCCCUGGGUCUGUAACUCCAACAUCAGGGGGGUUGUUAUCCCGAUCGUUAUCCAUUGAACAGAAGUUGUCUCAUAGGCGAUCUUCGUCUACUGACAGUCUCUUCAAGGCAGCUGAUAUGGAUUGUUGGCCGACAGUUGCGCCCUUCCCGCUCCGAUCUUUUCCUUUGACCGAACAAGAAGUGGAGAAUAUGAAGCUUCCUACUCCUCUGCCCACUCCUGUGCCUUCAAUGCCUGCUUCCCCGGCUCCUAUGUCACCGUCAAUGAGUCCAAUGUGCUCGCCUCUUGCCAGCCCUUCAAGUGACAUCGACAUGAACGAGAAGAAUGACGAAAAGAAUGAAUGGACUGUGAAACUGGUAACCAGUGACAACGAAUCAACCAAUGGGGAUCCAAAUCAUCCGAGAAAAGGCAUUGUCCUUAAGUUGGCAAAGAGGUGACCCUUAUGGGGGGGAAAAAUAGAAAAAGAGAAACGGAAAAAAAAAAAAAGAAAAAGAAAAUUGUAACUAAAGUUAGAAACCCUUUUGUAAAGAGUUUGACGAGCGUUUUACUGCGGUUAUCAAUGUUAUGUGAACUCGGUACCUGCGAGAUGCACGCUGAAAUUUGGUCGUAUCCUUUCACAUUUUGACUGGCGGCAGCGAAAAACUAUAUUCCAACGUGCAACUCGCAACUAGAGUGAUUUUAUUUAACCCGUGAAAAAAUAGUACGCAUAAUAGUUAGUAGUAGACUCUAAACCAAUUGUUGUUGGGUUUUUUGUGUGUGUGUUUUUUUUGUUGUUGUUGUUGUUUUUUGUUUUUUUUAUUAACUAGUAUUAACUAAAUAGUCAUUUUUCUUUUUUUAAAAUAAAAUCACUCUAUCGACUAGACAUGAUGCUGAAAAUAGCAGUAAGCUAUGUAGGGUUAUUAAUCACAACAUUUAAUUCAAUGUUUGUACUGUCUUGAUAUAGUCAGUCAUUUGAAAAUUAUAUUGUUUGGUUUGUAGAAGUGUAUUCCCGAUACUCAUUCAUUAUUCAGACCUAAGGGUUUUUGAUAAGCUUUGCUUUGAUACGCGUUGGUCGUUAGUGUUAAAGACGUUCAAGUCUGUUGAUAAAACGAGAUGAUUUAAGCUAUGUAAAUUUAGACGGUUGAAUUGUUUGGAAUAUUGAAUCGUAUUAACCAUUAUAUUAUAAGUAUUCUUUCACGUUUUCUAUACUUAUCCAUACUUAAGUUUAGAAAUAACCAUCCAUUCAUCCAUUUAUUCAUCCUUUCACUUUCUGUACAUAUAUUGUAUGGCGUUUAGGAAAAUUGACAUUUAUCUUGUACAUAUCGUGUCAAAAAGUUUGUAGGGUUUGUCCCAUGUAAAAAUAAACUUUUUUGUUAAAUACAGUAA